AUGAGCACGGUGGAUAAGAUGCUGAUAAAGGGUAUCCGGAGUUUCGACCCGGAGAACAAGAACGUCAUCACGUUUUUUAAACCUUUGACUCUAAUCGUCGGCCCAAACGGCGCCGGCAAAACGACUAUUAUAGAGUGCUUAAAGGUUGCCUGCACUGGCGAAUUGCCCCCUAAUGCACGGUCUGGUCACAGUUUCAUUCAUGACCCCAAGGUGGCAGGGGAGACAGAGACAAAAGCCCAGAUAAAGCUUCGGUUUAAGACGGCAGCGGGUAAGGAUGUGGUUUGCAUAAGGUCUUUCCAGCUGACCCAAAAGGCCACCAAGAUGGAAUACAAGGCCAUUGAGUCUGUGCUCCAGACAAUAAAUCCUCAUACUGGAGAGAAGGUUUGCCUAAGCUACCGAUGUGCUGAUAUGGACCGGGAAAUUCCUGCUCUUAUGGGGGUUUCUAAGGCUAUUCUUGAGAAUGUUAUUUUUGUUCAUCAAGAUGAGGCCAAUUGGCCUUUACAAGAUCCUUCUACACUGAAAAAGAAGUUUGAUGACAUCUUCUCCGCUACUAGAUACACAAAGGCCUUGGAGGUUAUAAAAAAGCUUCACAAAGAUCAGAGUCAAGAGAUAAAGACAUAUAAGCUGAAACUGGAGAAUCUACAAACCUUGAAAGAUGCUGCAUACAAGCUUCGAGAAAGCAUUGUGCAAGAUCAAGAGAAAACAGAAACUUUAAAAAAUCAAAUGCAGGAGCUUGAGAGAGAGAUAAAAAAUGUGGAUGGUAAGAUACAUCAUACUGAAUCAACAUUGAAAGACCUGCGGAAACUGCAAGAUCAGAUAGCUACAAAAUCUGGGGAAAGAAGCACGUUGCUUUUGGAACAGCAGAAACGCUAUCGAGAUCUUGCUGAGGAAAAUGAAGACACUGAUGAAGAAUUAACUGAGUGGAAAAACAAGUUUGAUGAAAGGAUCGCAAUUUUAGAAUCUAAAACUAUCAAGUUGGAGAGAGAAUUAAAGGACACAGAGGACAAGCGUAAUUUCAACGAAGAGAUGAUAAAGGAAAAUAUUAAGGAGAUUGCCAAGCUUCAAACUGCUGCUGACGCUCAUAUGUCCUUGAAGAAUGAAAGAGACUUCUCAAUUCAACAGCUCUUCGAGAAGCACAAUUUAGGGUCUCUUCCAAAUCGUCCCUUCAGUGACGAUGCUGCUUUGAACCUCAUAAAUCGAAUAAGAUUAAGGUCAAUGGAUCUUGACAAGGACUUGCAAGAUAAAAAGAAAUCUAAUGAAGCUGAAAUUAAGGCGGCUUUUGAUCAAUACAUGCACGCAAAUGACCGGUGCAAAGAAAUUGAUGCCAAGAGAAAGGCUAAAGCCGAAAUCAAGACUGGCACUUUAAAACUUAUUGAAGAGAAGGAGAAAGAGCGUGAUGCGUUUGAACUUCAGAUUUUUAAUGUUAAUUUGGAAUCCAUUGACAAGAGGGACAAACAAAUGCAAAUUGACUUGGAGAGAAAGACUAAUCAACUUGCAGAAAGAAAUUUCGAUUCAAAUAUAAACCAAAAGCAGAGUGAGAUUUAUACCUUAGAACAAAAAAUUAAAGCUCUUAGCCAUGAAAGAGACUCCAUUCUUGCCGAUUCCCGUGACAGAGUUGAACUUUCUCUCAAGAAGUCAGAGUUGGAAAACCACAAAAAGAAACACAAAAAAAUAAUGGAUGAAUACAAGGAUAAAAUUAGAGGGGUACUUAAAGGAAGGCUCCCCCCUGACAAGGAUUUGAGGAAAGAAAUUUCCAAGGCUCAAAGCUUGCUCCAGAAAGAGUAUGAUGAUUUGAACUCAAAAGCCCGCGAAACUGAAAUGGAGGUGAAGAAAAUCGAGAUGAAAAUACAAGAAGCAAACAGUAACUUAUCCAAACUUCACAAGGACAUGGAAUCAAGGAGGAGAUUCAUUGAAUCGAAACUCCAGUCUUUGGACCAGCAAUCUGUUAGCAUUGAAUCCUACCUUGAAGUCUUGGAUAUUAACAAGGAAAAAAGAGAUGUCCAGAAAAGCAAAUAUAACAUUGCAGAUGGUAUGCGGCAAAUGUUUGAUCCUUUUGAAAGAGUUGCUCGUGCUCAUCAUAUUUGUCCGUGCUGUGAGAGACCUUUCUCGGCAGAAGAAGAAGAUGAAUUUGUUAAAAAGCAAAGAGUGAAAGCUGCAAGCUCUGCAGAGCAUAUGAAAGUACUGGCUAUGGAGUCUUCAAAUGCUGAUUUCCAGUUCCAGCAGUUAGACAAACUUCGCAUGGUGUACGAAGAACAUGAUAAAAUCAGCAAAGAAACUAUUCCUCUCGCUGAAAGGAAUCUGAAAGAGCUAAAUGAAGAACUGGAUCAACAAAAUCAGGCUCACGAUGAUGUGCUUGGUGUUCUGGCUCAAAUAAAGGCUGAUAAGGACUUAGCUGAUGCCUUGAUACAACCAGUAGAAACCGCAGACAGGCUCUUCCAAGAAAUACAGGCUUUGCAGAAGCAAGUUGAUGAUUUAGAAUAUAAGCUUGAUUUCCGAGGGCAAGGUGUAAAAUCCCUGGAGGAAAUUCAAUUAGAGUUGAAUACAAUGCAGACUACUAAGGAUACUUUACAUCAGGAUAUUAAGACCUUGAAUGAGGAAUGGAGGAACAUGGAUCAGGAUGUAUCAAAUCUUCAGGUAAGGUGGCAUUCUCUAAGGGAAGAGAAGGCUACUACUGCUAACACAUUGGGUAACAUUAAAAGAGCAGAGGAAGAGUUAGAUCGUUUGGCGGAGGAGAAAAGCCGAAUUGAGCUUGAUGAGAAGCAUUUGGCUGAGGCUAUUGGUCCUUUAAAGAAGGAGACAGAAAAAUUAUACAGUGACUACAGUGAUCUGAAACUCAAGCUUGAUCAUGAGUAUGACAAGCAGGAUAAAGUUAGAAGAGCAUAUCAACAGGAAGUUGAUGCACUUAAUAACAUGGCUUCUAAGAUCAAAGAGUAUAAUGACUUGAAAAGGGGAGAGAGAUUAAAAGAAUUACAAGAAAAGCAGAUUCUAUCAGAGUCUCAUGUGAAGAAUUGUGAAACCAGAAUGUUGGAACUUUCUGCUGAACUGACUAAAAGUAAAGAUUUGAAGCGUGACCAAGAUCAACUGAGACGCAGCAUUGUGGAUAACUUGGAGUACAGGAACGUGAAGGCUCGAGUGGAUGAACUUACACGUGAGAUUGAAUCACUGGAAGAUAGAAUCCUGAAGAUGGGAGGCGUUUCCAUGGUAGAAACUGAGCUUGUGAAGCUCUCAAAAGAAAGAGAGAGACUGCUUACAGAAUUAAAUAGAUACCAGGGGACAUUAUCUGUAUACAAGGACAAUAUUUCCAAGAAUAAGGUUGAUCUGAAGCAGGCUCAGUAUAAGGACAUUGACAAACGUUAUUUUGAUCAAUUGAUUCAGCUCAAGACAACUGAGAUGGCAAACAAGGACCUCGACCGCUAUUACAAUGCACUGGACAAAGCACUUAUGCGGUUUCAUACUAUGAAAAUGGAGGAGAUAAAUAAGAUUAUAAGAGAACUGUGGCAGCAGACCUAUAGGGGACAAGAUAUAGAUUAUAUAAGCAUUCAUUCAGAUUCUGAAGGUGCUGGUACUCGAUCAUAUAGCUAUAAGGUUUUAAUGCAAACUGGUGAUGCUGAGUUAGAAAUGCGAGGAAGGUGUAGUGCUGGUCAGAAGGUCCUUGCUUCACUUAUAAUCAGAUUGGCACUAGCUGAAACUUUUUGCCUUAAUUGUGGAAUAUUGGCCCUUGAUGAACCAACUACAAACUUGGAUGGCCCUAAUUCUGAAUCCCUCGCUGCAGCUAUCCUGAGAAUAAUGGAGGACAGAAAAGGACAGGAAAACUUUCAACUGAUCGUCAUUACUCACGAUGAGCGGUUUGCUCAACUUAUUGGUCAAAGGCAACACGCUGAGAAGUACUAUCGCAUAACGAAGGACGACUAUCAGCACAGCAUAAUUGAAGCCCAAGAAAUAUUUGAUUGA